AGGCUUAUCAUUAAGAAGAAAGAAUAUUGGUUUUUAUUUAUUAAUUUAAAAGAAAAAACUACAUCUACCUUUUUUAUAUAUUUUAAUACAAAAAUGGAUACUUUUAAAGGUAGCAAUGAUUUAAAGGGAAUUACAUAAGUUGUCAAAAGUGGCAAAAGAAGUGAGCUAUUUUAAAAUGCUAAUAGCAGUGAUUUAAUUUAGGAUUUAUAUUCUUUUUAUGAGUAAAGGCUUUCUGCAUAAAUGAGUUUAUUGUAUUAAAAAAUAAUCAAUGACGAAUUGAUUACAACUCUAAGUGAGAGCUAAACUUCAAGCGAGUUCAUAGAAGAAAGAAUCAAAGAAAUAAUUGAAAAUUAAUUAUUUUAAGAAAAAGAGUAAGUUAUUUCUAAGCUUGCGAGCGAUAAUUAGGCCUUUUAACUCAAGAUAGAAUAACUUGAGAUAGAUAAUUAAACAUUAGCCUCUUCCAUUUAGUCAGUACAUAACCAAGUCAAUAACCUAAACUAUGAAGGAAAUUUAAUAGCUUUACAGGAUAAGCUAAAGAAGAAUACACUAGAGCUUAAUGAGAAAGAUGCAAGAAUAGAGUAACUUUUAGAUAAGAUUACUAGGCAAGAAGGAUAGUUGCAGGAAAAAGAAAAUUUAAUUCAAUAGAAAGACAUUGAUAAAUAGAGAGUAGAACUAUAAUUACAGACAGAAAGAAAUAAAUUAACUCAUGUAGACUAGCUUUAAGGAGUUGAAGAAGUAGAAAAAAAAAAUUUAUAGCAAAAAUACGAUGAAUUAUUAUCUAAAUACGAUAAACUAAAUGAAGAAUUUAAUGGUAUUCGUUUGAGGUAUGAAUAAAUUGGAGUUGAACGUAUUAAUGAAUAAGAAUAAUAUAAGCUGCUUAUUGAUUAAAUCAAAGUUAAAUGCAAAGAUAAGACUCAUAACUUGAAGAUCAAAUAUAAAUAAUACAAGGAUAUGUCAAGAAAUUUUUAAGAAAAGCUCAUUUAAAAUGAAACAGAAUUUUCGAACAAAAACUUGCAAGUCAAUGAAAUGAAAAUAAAAGUUUAAGAAUCCAGCAGAGCAAUUAUAGAAUAUUAAAGAUAAAUUGCUGAUUUGUAAGCUGAAAUGAAGCAAAUUUUGGAGAAAUUGUAAAUGUAAACUGAUGAAGUGGAGCGAUUGAAAAAGCUCUAAUAAGAAACUAUUGACACUUUACAAAAUAAAAUAGAGUUCAAUGAAAAAUCUCUGAGAGAUAAUCUAGAAGAAUCAUAAAGAAUUAUUGCUAAUUAAUAAGUUGAUAUUCAAUACAAAAAUAGAUAAAUUGCUGAACUAAGUUAAAAACUAACACAAAGUAUCACUGAUCAUGCAAAACAAUUACAAUUGCUUGCAAAAGAAGCUGAUGCUCAGAGAGACGAUAUACAACAAGAACUAAUAGCUAAUUCUAAUGCUUUGGAGAAUGAUAUUUAAGAUUUAAAAAGCUAAUUGACAAGGAUAUAAAACGAAAAUACAGUUCUUCAUGAUGAGAAUAAAAAAUUGUUUUAUGACUCCCACUCUAAAGAAAAUCGCAUCAAGGAGUUAGAAGGCUAGAUAAAGUAAAAUCAGUCAAAAAUUAAUGACUUACAAUAAAAAUUAGAAGAUUUAAAUAAAUUGAGUAACCAUUUAGAUGAAUAAAAUAGAUCUCUUGAUGCUUAGAAUUAGUAAUUUUUUAAUGAUAAUAAAGCCUUAAUUGCAUAAACAGAAGAGUAAGAGAAGGCUAUUUAAAAUCUCAAAGAUUUAGAAACUUUGCAUAUUUAAUUAUAGGAAAAAUUGAAAUUAAUAGAGUCUGAAAAAGCUAGCUUAGCUUAGACAGCUCAAUAGCACAUAGAAGAGAGUGAAAAAUAUAAAAAUUAGUUAUUUGAAUUAUAGUAAGGAUAAGAAAAAGAAAAAAGAUAUGCAUUAGAUGGGUAGAUGCGUUUAAAAGAAAAUGAAGUUUCUUUAAAAAUUGAGGUUGAGCGCCAAUAAAGCGAAAUUAAACACAACUAGCUUUUAUUUGAAGAAAAGCUUUCAACCAAGCAAAAAGAAAUUGAAUUUAUAUAAAUUUAAUUAAAUUCUACAACAUCUGAAAAGGUGAAAUGCUUGGAAACUUUGAGUGAACUUACUAAAAAAUAUGAAUAAUAAAAAGAAAAACUAAAGGAUCUUUAAGAAUAAAAAAUAUAAUUGGAAGCAAAAAUAAACAAUUUAGAGGCUCUUUUACAAGAAAAGAAUAACGCUUUUGAAAAGACAUCUAUUUAAAUUGACCUCCUUACUUAAGAAUCCUAAACAAUUAAAGAAUAAUACAAUUAAAAAGUAAGAUAGAUUUCUCUUUAGGAAGAAAAUAUUUCUCAAUAUGCCAAGGAUAACUAAAAGCUAAAUAAUGAGCUCAAAGAUCUAUUACAAGAAAAAAAUAACGUAGAAAAAAAACUUUUGUUAGAUUUACAGUAAAAAACAAGUGAAGUCGCCUAAUUAUAAUAAUAAAUUAAAGCAACAUAGAAAUAACUUUAAUUCGAAGCACAGUAACACAAUCUUUAGGUUGAAAGAGAAAAAUUAUAUAUGGAAUAGUAAUUAAAAACAUUUGAACAAAAAUGCUAAGAACUCUAGUAAAAUUUAAUUUAAAAAGAAGAGGAAUAAGAGGAAUUUAUUGAAUAGCUUACUGAAAAGGAAACUAUGUUGAAUGAAUAAAGAAAUUAAAUUGAAGAAUUAAAACUUUAAUUUUAAAAGGAGGAGGAUUCAUUAAAUUCAGAAAUUUUGUAACUCUAAGAUAGCUUGAAAUAAAAAGAGAAAUAGUAUCAUAUUUACUAAAAAUAAUAGAAAGAAUAUACUCAAGACAAGCUCAAAGGAGUCUUAAGCAGUCUGGCAGAAGCUAGAUAAGACCUAACCAUUUUUUAGUCAAAAUGCAAUUCUGAAAUAAAUGAUACUCAUAGUAGAACUCUCUAAUAUUUCCAAGAUAUUAUGCAGUUUAGUAGAGAAUAGAAAUCUAAACUUAAAGUUUAGUAUGAUAAUGAAAUGGAAAAAUAUUAAGAAAAUAUAUCUACCAAAUUUGAAACUUAGCUUGAUAAAGAAAGAUUAAUCAUGCGUGAAAGAGAAUCACAUUUCAAUAAGUAGAUUUCUCUGCUUGAGCAGAAAGUAUUAGAAUAAAACACUAGAUUUUAGGAAGAAAAGUAAAAAUAUUAGCAAGAAAUAAACUCACUGGAAGAAAGAAAUAUAACUGAAAAAAUUUAGCUUAAUAAUGAAAUUAUUCAAUUAAAAAACUAGUUACUUAAAGUAGAGUCGAGAUCAGCUCGUUCAGUGGAAAAAAACUAAAAAUAAUUAGAGAUGGUGAAUUAAAAUGCUUAGAAAAGCCAAGUUAUGUAUGCUAACAUGAUAUCUGACAUCAAAAAUAAAUUAGAAGAAUCAGAAAAAAAGGAGCUCUAAGUUCUUAAUGAAACAAGAAGUAAAAUUCAUAACAUGAAAGCUCAUCUUUAGCAAAUUGAAUUAGAGGAUUCAAAUGAAUAGUUAGCUCAUUCUACAUCUUCUACUUCUUCUAUGAAUAAGUAAAAUAGCAACAAUGAUGGUAGAAGCAGCAAUAAUCUCAAUAACACCAAUAAUAUUAAUAUUGAUAGUCUAUAAAAUAAUACCCUAUUGCAAACUUAAAGAACUGCUAGAUUAGCUCUUUAAAAAGAAUAUGAAAAAACAAUGAAGAAUUUUUAAAAACAGGAGAUACCAGUAUCAGGUAACUCUUCAAAUAAAAGUAAUAAUAGUUUGCAACUCUCAAAUUCAUAAAAUAAUAUUUCUAUUAGAGGAUAAAGCAAGAGUAUGUAAACAAAUAAUUUUGUUGAUGGAAUAAAUUAUACACUAGGAUCAACUUCCAAAUAUUAGAAAUCCCCUUAGCAAAUAACAAAUAGCAAAAUGUCUUCUUAAUCUAACAGAAAUAGAUCUUCCACGAAUCAUUAAUCCCCUUAUGAGUCUCCAAAUUAAAGUUAGAAAUAAUCAUAAAGAUCAAAAAGCAAGAACAUAUAAAAGAAUCAAAAUGAAAAAUUAAUAAACUCUUCCACAAACUCACCAUAUAAAAGAAAUUCUUAAGUCGAAGAAAGUAAAUUCACUCAUCGUUAGCUUAAUAAUCCAAGUAUAUUUGCAAAUAACAAAAAUGAGAAGCAAGGUAAAGAUGAAUCAGUUAACUACUACUUUAAUAAUGGAUUAAAGCAAUAAAGCCCUUUACUUAACUAUUAACGCAAUGAUACUUAUAACUGUGAUACUAUAUCUCCUUUUAAUUAAGAUAAUAAUAGUAAUAUUUUUGCUUAUUCUCCAGAUACAACUCAUAAAUAAAAUGUUUAAGCUCAUAUCGAUUCAGUGAAAAAUAGUUAAAAGUCGUAUGCAAAGAAGGAGUAUUCACGUUAAAAUACUCCUACUUACCUUUCUACUCUAGCUGAAAAAUCUUUACAGGAGUUAAAGUUAGAAAUUCUUAAGUAGAAACAUAGAUUAACUAUCUCUAGAAAUAAUUCUUAAGACAUCCCAUCACCAAUUAAUAAUUAAAAUUCUUCUCACAUACAAAUUAAAACAGAAUAAAAUAACAUACAUAAAUCUUAACUUUAAAAAAGUAAGGCAGAUCACUUUAAUUAAAAUUCUUCAUAGAAUGAGCAAGAAGCUAGUAAUGCUACCUAUUAAAACAAUUAAAGCAGCAUGAGCUAAAAGUCGUCAAUUCCAGUUAGAAAAAAUUUAAUGAAUUUCACUCAUUAUAAGUUUGCUUCACCUUCUCCAAACAAAGUAAUUUUAUAAAAAUAAUAAAAAUUACUUUAGUCAUAAUCUCAACCAUAGAGCUAAAGCUCAAAGUCAAAACAUGGAUAGCCUUUAGAUAUUUAAGACCUUUGA